AUGUCUCCUACUUCUAUCACUGACCUCAAAAGGUCAGAUGACCCUGCGCGGCAUCUAGAAACCGCUCAUAGUGACACCGACCAAGAGUUCGGUGGCCACGAAGCCCGGAAGAAGCUUGAGAGGAAGCUUCUUCUCAAGCUCGACUUACGUGUUUCUAUGCUUAUUAUAAUCUACAUCUUGAAUUAUAUCGAUCGUAAUAAUGCGGCUGCUGCGAGAUUGCGUGGCUUUGAGCAAGACUUGAAGCUCACAGACCAGCAGUUCGACACACUACUGAGUAUCACUUAUGUCGGAUACAUUCUCAUGCAAGUACCAUCAAACAUGUUCCUGAAUUAUAUUGGGAAGCCCUCCAUAUACCUCCCGAUUUGCAUGAUCCUCUGGGGGACCAUAACUUGCUUGACGGGCGUGACCACAGGUUUCGCUGGUGCCCUUUUGACUCGAUUCUUCCUGGGAUUCGUCGAAGCGGCAUUCUUCCCAGGAGCUCUCUUCAUUCUUUCCAAGUGGUAUAAACGAUCCGAGCUCGGCCUGCGUACUGCGCUCCUUUCUUGCGGUAGUCUCAUCAGUAACGCGUUCGGAUCGCUAAUCGCCUCUGGUAUUUUGGACAAUAUGGAGGGUAAACGGGGACAUGCUGCUUGGCGGUGGUUGUUCUACAUCGAAGGCGCCAUCACCGUUUUCGUCGCUGUCUGCUCCUUUUUCAUCCUACCCGACUUCCCAUCCACUUCGCGGAGAUGGUUAAGCCCUAUUGAAGAGCGCCUUGCACUGAAGCGUAUGGAAGAGGACGUAGGCAUCGGCGACGAGGAGCAGACAGAGACGGGCGGCGCUUUACACGGGCUAGCGUUGGCGUUCAGCGACUGGAAGGUGUGGUGGCUUGCGGUAGCACUGACGAGCAUUGUACUCUCGCUGUCGUUCAAUGCCUUUUUCCCGACGCUGAGUGCGACUAUGGGGUAUAGUACGCUCGUGUCGCUGCUGCUCUGUGCGCCUCCCUGGGUGUUCGCGACGCUGGUCGCGUUUGCGGUGACUAGACAUUCGGAUGCCACUCAGGAACGGUUCUACCACAUCAUCAUCCCUCUCUUCUUCGGCAUCGUUGGGUUUGUGAUCGCGGUGUCGACGAUGGAUAAGGCUGCGCGAUACGUCUCUUUGUUCCUCAUGGCGCAAUCGUACUCCGGAUUCAUCACUUUCCUCGCAUGGAUGAGUAGCUCCAUUCCGCGACCCCCGUCCAAGCGUGCCGUCUCGCUCGCGUUCAUAAAUGCCUUCUCUCAGUUGGGAAAUAUAGCUGGAUCAUACACCUGGCCGGCCAAUUGGGGCAUGACAUAUCGCUACUCGUACGCCAUUUGUAUCUCGACGAACGGGUUGGGUAUUAUUAUGUGCUACAUGUUCAAACUACAUCUUAAGCAUCUGAACAAGGAGAUGGAGAAGAAGGAGGAGCGAGAGGGGACAGUGAACGGUUUCCGGCCACGGGCCAUCGACCAGGGUUGGACGUUUACCCAGAUCGGCGGCGGCGACGUCGUCAAGAACGGUGAGUGGCUUGCUGUGCAUGAGUUCCCAACGACCGUGCAUGUCGAGCUUCUCAAGUACAAGAAGAUCCCAGACCCGUUCGUCGGGUUGCAUGAAUGGGAUGUGCAAUGGGUCGGCGAGGUCCCUUGGGCUUUCAGGGCCACGUUUAGUGCCAGCCAAGCCGAAGUGUCUGCGCCUAACGCGGACCUCGUAUUCGACGGUCUUGAUACAUUCGCAGUGGUCGAGCUCAACGGGCACAAAAUCUUAGAGACUGAAAAUCAGUUCAUCGCUCACCGCGUGAAUGUCAAGCAAUACCUUAGAUUGGGGGACAACGACCUUGUUAUCAACUUUGCCAGUGCAUUCCGUAAGGGUCGGGAGGUCGAGAAACAGCACACUAAAUUGAACCUGUGGAAUGGCGACUCAAGUCGUCUCCACGUCCGCAAGGCUCAAUACAACUACGGAUGGGACUGGGGCCCAGUACUCAUGACCGUUGGUCCAUGGAAGCCCAUCAAAUUCGAGACGUACCAGGCGCGCAUCACAGACGUCGAUGUUCGCACCAGGGUUGCGGAAGACCUUUCCGCGAACGUCGAGGUCAACUUCUCGCUGUCGAAUGCAGAUCACAGUAUUGCCUCUGUUAGCCUCAAGGGUGCAGGUGACUCCCUCGUGGUUGGCCAAACGGAUGUCAAGAUCAACCAUUCCACUGCCAAGGCGCAGUUUAAGUUGUCAGCGGGCGCAUUUGAAUUAUGGUAUCCUGUUGGUUAUGGCAAGCAGCCGCAGUACACCGUCGAGAUCCAGGUGGCCGAUCAGAGCGGUAAUGUGCUGGACAAGAAAAUCCAGAAAAUCGCAUUCCGCCGUGCGCGUGUAGUCCAGGAUGAGUUGAUUGGCCAGGAAGGCCGCACAUUCCUCUUCGAGAUCAACAACAUCAGGAUAUUUUGCGGAGGUUCUAACUGGAUUCCUGCCGAUUCGUUCCUCACUACGAUGACCCCAGAGAGGUACCGCGCAUGGUUGCAGUUGCUGAUUGACGGCAAUCAGAACAUGGUCCGUGUGUGGGGAGGAGGAAUCUAUGAGGCUGAUGUCUUCUAUGACAUUUGUGAUGAAUUGGGCAUCCUAGUAUGGCAGGACUUUAUGUUCGGAUGCGGUCAAUAUCCCGCGUACGGUUCGUUCACGAAGUCUGUCCAAUUGGAAGUCGAGCAAAAUGUCAAGAGGCUCAGACAUCAUCCGUCAGUCGUAAUCUUCGCCGGAAACAACGAAGAUUAUCAGCUCGCUGAGUCGUGCAAGCUCGAUCUGGACUACAAUGACGAGAAGUCCGAUUUCCGCCAUUCAACUUUCCCUGCUCGUUACAUCUAUGAGCGCCUUCUCCCCUCUGUCGUGGAGAAGCUGAGUGAUAUUCACUAUCACCGCAGCUCGCCAUACAGUGGGUUUGGGAAGGUCACCACUGACCGGCACUACGGUGAUCUCCAUCAAUGGAACGUGUGGCAUGGCUCACAGGAACCGUGGCAUAACUGGGAUAUCUUGUCCGGCCGUUUCGUUUCUGAAUUUGGAAUGGAAGCUUAUCCUGACAUCCGUACUGUGGAUUACUGGAUCGGUGAAAAUAAGUCUGAGCGGUAUCCCCAGUCAAGGAUCAUGAACAAUCACAACAAGGCUGAUGGCUUCGAACGCCGACUCGAGCUAUACCUCGUGGAGAACUUCAAGCAUGCCUUCGACGUCGAGAGUUAUGUGUACUACACCCAGAUCAUGCAGGCCGAGACCCUUGCUUCUGCAUACCGUCUCUGGAGACGUAACUGGCAAGGCAAGGGCAAAGAAUACACCGCCGGUGCCCUCGUGUGGCAGAUCAAUGACUGCUGGCCUGUGACCUCGUGGGCCAUAGUCGACUACUUCUUGCGCCCGAAGCCGGGCUACUUCACCAUUAAGCGCGAGCUUCGUCCAUUCACGGUCGGCAUGACUCGCAAGGAUGAAACGACAUUUGCUGAUGACCUCACUGCGGCCUUCUUCACCAUCGAGACCGUGCUUGAGAUCUGGGGUACCAACAGCACGUUGUCGGACACGAAGGUGACGCUCUCCGUUUCUGCGUUCGACCUGCACUCGGAGUGGAGGUACCACUUCGACAAGCCUGUCGUGCUUGCUGCGAAUGCGAGCACGGAGCUCUACAAGGGCGAGCUGCCGGGCCAGCCCAAGCGCACGAAGAAGAGCGAGAUCCCCAAGGCGAUCAUCGUCUCCGCGCGGCUAAUUGACGAGAACGGCGUCGUUCUCGGGCGGUACUCCAACUGGCCCGAGCCGUUCAAGUUCAUUAAUUUCCCGGCCGUCGAGGAUCUCGGGUUCAAGAUCACCCGCGGGUCUGACGGCGAAUCUGUAGAGCUCUCGACCCGGAAACCCGUCAAGGGAAUCGUGCUCGACGUCGAUGGAGAAGCGGCGCAGUGGAGUGAUCAGGCCAUUGAUCUCGUGCCCGACGACCCACAGGUGAUCAAGGUGGUGGGCCUGAACGGCAGGCAGGUCAAAGCUCGGUUCCUCGGGGACGGCACUGCGUGA